CCGAAAAUCAUCAUUUCGAAUUGGGUUGUAAGCCGUUGUCAGUAAAUCAGUUUUUUAACGAUACGCAAAAGUUCUACGUGGCACGUGAAAAUGUUUUCGACAAUUCUAUCUCUUUGCCUUCUCGGCAGUGCCUUGGCACAGGUGCCUUCUUUUGGCAAAUGUCCCGAAGUUCAGACUGCUGUUGACUUCCAACUAUCUUCGUAUAUGGGAAGAUGGUACGAGGCCCAAAGAUACUUCUCCGAAAUCGAGGUCCUCGGAAAAUGCAUUACGAGCGAUUAUACUUUGGCUGACAAUAACACGGUCAACAUGGAAGACAGCAAAAUUUCAAUUCUCUCUGGGGAAUUAUAUUCGCUUAAAUCAACUGCACGCGUCCCUGACCCCAGCGACCCCGCCAAGCUCAGAGUUAGGCUUAAUAACGAUCCUAUUGGUUUUGAGACUGAUUACUUUGUGUUGGGAACCGAUUACGAUAACUUCGCCGUUGUCUACAACUGCUACAGCGUCAAACUCUUCAGCGUGAAACAUGCCAGGAUUUUAACUAGACAGAGAUAUGCUUCUCAGUCAGUCAUCGAUGCGGCAAUGGCUAUUGCCGAACGAAACGGUCUUCAUAGGGCGAUAUUCAUCAAAACCAAUCAAUCUAAUUGUUAAUCCAAACUACAAAAAUCAAACAAGAACAAUGUGCACUUAAUGCGUUUGUUCGAUGUUGCAAACGUUCACACCAGAUUUUCACUGACAUCCAUCAUAUGUAAUGUCUGUUCAAUAUCAACUUUUAUCGUUUUAUCAGUGUUUGUUCAAUGUCACCAAAUGAAAUAAAUCUAGAGUUGCAGUAAAGCGAGAA